AUGGCCAAGAACCAGAAAGUUAUCGUAGUCGGCGCCGGCCCCGUCGGCUCUUUGGCUGCUCUCUACGCUGCGCAGCGUGGCCACGAUGUUGAAAUUUAUGAGCUGCGUCCUGACCUUCGGGACCCGACAACAACGUUGUUGAAUUUCACUCGGUCUAUCAAUUUGGCCCUGUCGGAGCGCGGUAUUAACGCUAUGCGUAAUGCUGGCCAACCAAAGUUACUGGAACAUGUCUUUGGCGCCACCAUUCCUAUGCGGGGACGCAUGAUCCAUGGCAGAACCCCGAAAGGUGAUCUCUAUGAAGCCUCGCAAGCCUACGAUGUUCACGGCAGGGCUAUUUAUGCCGUUGACCGCGCCGGCUUAAACAAGCGCAUGCUUGAUAUCCUUGAGGAGAUGCCCAAUGUCAAGUUUUUCUUCAGCCACAAACUUACCGGUGCCGAUUUUAAGCAGUGUAAGGCCUGGUUUGAGGUGAUGACCUCCGAAUCGGCAACUGGUCGCGCCAGGGAGAUUGAGAUUGACUUUGAUUUUAUGAUUGGAGCUGACGGUGCUCACUCGGCUGUCAGGUACCAUAUGAUGAAGUUUGCUCAUAUGGACUAUAAGCAAGAGUAUAUCGACACUUUGUGGUGCGAGUUUCAAAUUAAGCCAGCCGACCCCCCUUCCAAGGACAGCGCCGGCCCUCACUUUCGUAUUUCGCCAAAUCACCUUCACAUCUGGCCUGGAAAGGACUUUAUGUUCAUCGCCAUACCCAGUGAUGACGGUUCCUUCACCUGCACAUUAUUUUUACCCAACGAACAGACAGUGGCUUUAGAGAACGACCCUGAAAGCCUCCCGGCAUUUUUCGACAAGCAUUUCCCGGGAGUAACUAGUUUGAUUCCUGCUACUGAUCUUAUCGCCUCCUUCAAAACCAACCCACAUUUGCCUCUUAUCAGCAUCAAGUGUAAGCCAUAUCACUUCCAGUCGUCAGUAGUCCUGGUCGGCGAUGCAGCUCAUGCAAUGGUUCCUUUCUACGGCCAGGGUAUGAACGCCGGCUUGGAAGAUGUCCGCGUUCUAUUCUCCAUUCUCGAUAAACACAGGCGGCUGGAUGAGACCAACGACCCUGCAGCAGAAACGAAUGAGCCAUCAGCGGCAGCAUAUCACAGGUCGGUAGCACUGGCCGAGUACACGGCAAACAGAGUCCCCGAUGCCCACUCUAUCAACGACCUCGCUCUGCAAAAUUACGUAGAAAUGCGUGCCUCGGUUCUCUCUCCCCGUUACCGUCUUCGCAAGUGGUUGGAGGAGACCAUGUCUGUCUACCUCCCUGGCUUGGGCUGGCGGACAAAGUACUCGCGCGUUAGCUUCGGAAACGAGAGGUAUUCCGAAGUUGUCGCUAAGAGCGACUACCAGGGUCGUAUUCUUUUGAAAAGCUUCGAGGCAAUUGUGUGCAGUCCGCUCGUAGUAGGAGCUGUGUACCUGUGGUGGAAGCGGCCACAAGUUGUCGUGAGCGCUGUUCAGGGGCUGUUGCGGACAUUGUUGAAAGCGACUGAGAAGGCAUAA